CUGCCGAUUGCUCUACAAACUGCCUCUGUGUCCGUGCUGUCCAGAUACAAACUUGUUCAUGUCGUUUUGCCUGGUCGACUUUUUUGACAUGGAGUCGCCCACCAAAGAGAUUGAGGAUUUCGAGAACAACUCUCUGAAGUACCUACAAGCGGAUCAGAUUGAGAAGAUCUGGCUCAGACUGCGAGGACUGCGAAAAUAUAAGAAGACGUCACAGAGGCUGAGAUGUUUGGUGAAACAGUUGGAGAGAGGUGAGGCUUCUGUUGUCGACUUGAAGAAAAACCUAGAAUAUGCUGCAUCUGUUUUGGAAUCUGUCUACAUUGAAGAAACAAGGCGGUUGGUGGAUACAGAAGAUGAGCUCAGUGACAUCCAGUCCGACUCUGUUCCCUCAGAAGUGCGCGACUGGCUGGCGUCAACUUUCACACGUCAGAUGGGGCUGAUGUUGAGACGGUCGGAGGAGAAGCCACGAUUUCGCAGCAUCGUGCAUGUGGUGCAAGCAGGGAUAUUUGUGGAAAGGAUGUACCGACGGACCUCCAACAUGGUGGGGCUGAGCUAUCCGCCCAGCGUGAUCACGGCCUUGAAGCAUGUGGACACGUGGUCAUUUGACGUCUUCACACUGAAUGAUGCCAGCGGAGAUCAUGCACUGAAAUUUAUUUUUUAUGAACUUCUCACCAGAUACGACAUAAUCAAUCGCUUUAAGAUCCCUGUUUCUGCUCUGGUGUCUUUUGUGGAGGCCUUGGAGGUGGGCUACAGCAAGCACAGAAACCCUUACCACAACCUAAUCCAUGCCGCAGACGUCACCCAGACAGUGCAUUACCUAGUGCUCAAGACCGGCAUGGUUCACUGGUUAACCGAGUUGGAGAUCUUCGCUAUGCUGUUCGCUGCUGCUGUGCACGAUUACGAACAUACUGGCACCACAAACAACUUCCACAUACAGGCCAGAUCCGACACAGCCAUACUAUACAAUGACCGUGCCGUACAGGAGAACCACCAUGUUAGCGCUGCAUAUCGCCUCCUGCAGGAAGAUGAUGAAAUGAACAUUCUCUACAAUUUGUCGAAAGAUGACUGGAGAGAAUUGCGGGCUCUGGUGGUCGAGAUGGUCCUGGCCACUGACAUGUCCUGUCACUUCCAGCAGAUUAAGGCCAUGAAGAACUUCCUCCAGCAGCCUGAAGCGAUCGAUAAACCCAAGGCCUUAUCCCUGUUACUGCACACCGCUGACAUCAGCCACCCUGCCAAAAACUGGAACAUGCACCACCGCUGGACCACCUCACUGCUGGAGGAGUUCUUCAGACAGGGCGAUAAGGAGGCAGAGCUUGGACUUCCUUUCUCUCCUUUAUGUGAUCGCAAGUCUACCAUGGUGGCCCAGUCUCAGAUCGGUUUCAUUGAUUUCAUCGUGGAACCCACCUUCACUGUGCUGACAGACAUGAUUGAGAAAAUCGUGACUCCGCUGAUCGAAGAAGCCUCACCCUCCGGCCUGGCUGGAUUCAGACGCUCCAGUCUGAAUAACAUCCCGUCGGACGGUAAACGCUCUACUGUGAGAGGCACUGGUUCGGAGGGCGGCACUUCCCUGAACUGCUCCGUAAACGCUGUCGAUUUUAAGACCUUCAAAAGCACCUGGAAUGAGGAAGUGCAUAAAAACAGAGAAAAAUGGAAAGCACAGGCUGCCAAAGAUCUGGAAGAGAAGGCCAAACAGGAAGAGAACGAGGAGAAAGAUAAUAAAACCGACACAGACACAAGACAAGAGAAGGAUUCAAAGACAGAUGGAGAAGCUACAGGCGAUAACGAGGAGCCCACAGAGCAACAGCCCAGAGAGGAAGAGGGCAAUAAAGACCCAGGGGGGGUGAAUGGGGCUCAAACACCAGCGUCCGAUGCCAAAGAGCCCGAGACCAGCAGUGACACGGACAACAGCCAGCGAGCGCACAACGGGAACGAGGAACUGAACUCACCUGACAGUGACGACAGUGAAAGCAAGAGAUCGGACGACUCAGAAGACGAGCACAGUCACUGUGGGAUCUCCCCCUCUUCACUGGCAGACAGUGCAGCCGCUGCAUCUGCGCCUGAUGCAGACUAACAGCACUCCAAAUCCUGUACUAUGCUGUCACCUGGUGGUUGUUUUUUAUUAUUCAUCUUUUCUUUGUUUUGAGGACGUUUCACAUCUUAAAAUCAGAUCCGAUUGAGUUUCCAUACUUUCUUUAAUCCACAUCUGACUUUAAGGAUGUACUCCAGGUUUUGGUUCAGAGAUACACAAAACCAUUAGAGAACUGAGACUUUGGUGCAAAACGGACGUUAAAAAAAAGUCAUGCAUGGUGCCACGGUGGCUUUUGGAAACUGUUGUCAUCAAAGCCACAUGCAUGAAGAUGAAAUGUGUACCGUGUCGAGUCGAUGGAGAACAACCCCAGCUGAUGUUCUUCCCUCGGGGACAAAGCGACAUCUGCCGACCGCUCAAGCACCAAACCUGCACAGACAGCGAGCGGAGAGCUUCAAAGAACUUCAGUCCCUCAGAGCGCUCAUGCAACCAGAUCACCUUCACCAGGCCGUCGUUACCACGUCCAAAGAAUGUCUGCAGAACUGCUGUUUGUUUACCUCUUAUUUUUAUUUGUGUUAGUCGUACAUUUGAUGUUGCUGUCAUCCUGUUUUUUUUGUUCUGUGUUGAUACUGAUACUGUACAGUUUCCAUCGUGUGUCUUCUGUACAUAUGCUUUCAGGAGCUUCUUGAUGUCGAACCUUAUAUGUGAUUGAGGGUUUGAUCGUUAGUUUAACGGCCCAUAAUCCUUUGCCAGUAUCCUUGCCAAUGUCACUUUGAUCAUAGAAGAUUUUUUUCACAAAUAGUUCAGUUCUGUCACAAUUUGGCGUAACUUUGACAAACUAUUUGAAUGAUUUUGUCAUAUGUGAUU